AACCAUCAGUGAAAUUUCUUAGAAGAUACAAUAGCAUGAUUCAUUUUGAUUUUGGAUUGGAGUCUAAAAAAUGUUAUUUUCUUUUCUUUAUCAACUGAUGGAUUUUGUUGUAGGUAUUAACAUUGUGUUAUAUUAACGAUGCCUUAAUAAUUGAUUUAACGAGAACUAACAGAAGAAAUAUCACACAAGCUGCACCGAUCAGUCGGUCUAAAUUGAUCAAAUGAAUGUAAAUAAUAAAACAAUAAGUGGUCAGUGUCAAGUGAUUUCUCCGCCUACUGCAACGCCUGAGAUCAUUAGAUAGUUAGCGCGGCAUGAGACUUGAAUACUCUAGAAUUUCAGAGUAUUUGAGAAAUUAUGUCAGGCGAAGGCGAGCGAGCGUCCCGGCCUAAUUCUCUUUUGCUAGAGGUACCUCCUCCAGAGCGUGAGCCACUGCGUUUUGAUGUACAUCUGGUUGGAGCUCCGCCGGAAGUAGAACAACUAGUCAAUAAUAUAAAACAAGUUGCUGAAGAUUUCCUCUAUCAUUGGAAAACUUUCCCUAUUGUUCUCCCUCAAUCCCAGUUUACGGGCACCGGUAACAAACCUUCAGAUAUAAUUAUUGCACCACCCUGUGAUGAGCUUGAUGCAGCUGCGUUAGACGCUGGUGUGGAACCACAUCCACUCUCUCCAAAGCAACUUCACGCCAUUAGGGAAAAGGGCGAAUUCGAGGUGCCAUCGCGUCACUUCCCCGGGCAGAGCCACGUAUGGCGUGUGUCAGGAUGGCUGCAGCGCGGCAGGGCGCGGGCCAGAGAAGAGUUAUAUUGCCACGUGGCGAGGGCAGUUGCACUGGUGGUGGUAGUGGCAAGAGACCGGCUUCUAAAAGACGAACCCUUGUCUGUGAUUGCCGGUGGGAAGGCUUUACUACAGGGACUGUAUAGAUUACUCGACCUCCUCAUUGGUAUGCCUUCACUUGAAGCUCGUGAUCUUGAGAAGAAAAUCCGCGAAGAGAGAUCGAGAUACUUGGUGGCAGAACUUAUCUGUAAGCCGGAGCAUCGCGAGGACAUCAGCGCGCUAGCGGCGUGGGUGGGGCGCGCGAUGCGGCGCGCCGCCGCCGAGAAGAGCGACGCGCGCGACGCGCCGCGCCCGCCGCCGCCCGUGCCCUGCCUCUACACCACGCCGCAGCGCACGCAGGUGGAUCUGAGAUUAUACAAGCGCGAUAUAAUGCGUCGCGCGGCGACGCAUCUGCAAGCGAUACUGGAGCGCGAGUCCCGCGGCUGGUUCCUGCACUUCAGGGAGCGUAGGGCCGCCGAGCUCGCCAGUCAGAAAGUGCCCUUGAAGGAUAUCGAAGAGGAGGUGCGCGCGGCGGCGCUGCGCGAGUACGUGUCGCGCGUGUGCGGCGCCGUGCUGGCCAGCGAGCCGCUGCGCGCGCUCGGCGCCGGCGUGCCCGACCUGCUCGCCGCGCAGCUGCGCGCUGCCGUGCUGCUCGACAGAGCGAAAGAAGGCGUCCAUCGUAAACUGGAAGCGGGACUAGCUACGGCCGAAGCGCGGAUUUGCGCGUCACACCCGAUCUUGUCCCGCGCGGACGCGUGGCGGAAGGAGAAGUUGGCGGCAGCCGCACAGCGACUGAAAAGCGAGCUGAGCUGGGCGCCGUACGAGGACGCGGCGGCCGCCAUGCAGGCGCAGAAGUUGCACCAGCAUCGGUACUUCCUACUGCGGGAUCUCGCCUUUCUGCGGGACCGGGAACCUCUAUUGCUCAAGGAGCUGCGCGGCGCGAAGAGUCCGACGCGCGAGUUCACGUGGGCGACGCGCAUCUGGCUGGCGCGCAACUGGACGGUGGUGCGGCACUUCCGCGGGCGCGGCGAGCGCAUCCCCACCGUGCUGAGCGCGCGCGCCACCUCCAUCGUGACGCCGCGCUCCGACCCCUCGCAGCCCGUGUUCCUGCUGCACCGCGAGCGCACCCGCACCACCACCACGCGCUGGCCCGCCUGGCGCCUGCUCAACCUCGCGCACAGAACGUGGUGUUGGAGCUGGAACAUGAUGUUUCUACUCGGCGUGAUGGUUCCCUGGUAUUCACCAAUUUCCUUACGAACUCUACUACGGGUCAAACCUUUCGUAACAGACUACGAACUAUCACAGGUAAAUGGAACUCUUUUCCCAAAGCGGAGUAGUGAGACUCAGACGAUGUGGUCGCGUUUGCUGAAGCUAUGGCGGCACGUUUCUAAAGAGCGUACUCGUUUUGAAACAGAACCUGAUACAGGUCUACUGGGAAAAGGGCUGAGCAGGCAGGCGCACCGCGCAUGGACGUACGGCGUGGUGGGUGGGCUGGGGUCGCUGGCGCUGUUGCUGGCGUUCCCGCUGUGCGUGGUGCUGGGCUGUGCGCUGGCGCUGUGCGGCGCGCUGUGCGUGCCGCUGUGGGCGCCGCCGCUCGCGCUGGCGCUGCACGCCGCCGCCGCGCUGCUCUAUGACCUGGACUGCCCGCGCCCGCAGGACAACAGAUAUCUGGUGUUAUUUCAAAUACUCAUUUGGCAAAUCGGCUUGUUGGGUAUUCUGCAGCCGAUCAUCGCAUUUGUCGUGGCCGUGGUGUUCUGUCCGCUCUUUGCAUUAAUUUUGUUAGUUGGUGGUGUGAGUUGGUGGGCAGUGCGUGGCGUGUGGGAGGAGGUGGCGUGGCGAGCAGUGAUAGUGCGCUGCGCCCGCGUGCCCGCGCACGACUCCGCCUUCUGCCGCCGCGUGGCCGGCCCCGGCCUGCACACGCGCGCCUGCUACCAGAUCACAGCUGCGCAGGCGCUCGCGGCGGUGUGCGCACGCGCGGAGCUGGAGGCGCUGGCGGAGUGGGCCAGCGACAUCGAGAACCUCAUCGAGCGCCCGCUUCGCGACUACGCGCACUUCGUGGAUGCCUGCUUUGGACCCUUCUCCGUGCAGAUCGCUAAGACUGGUGCAUACAAGCAGCUAGAGAAGGAGUGCAGUGAGCUAGUGAUGUCAGUUCGCGAGAAGCUGGCUGCGAGAAGACGUGACCUAGCUCUAGGACUUACAGAUGCGGCUCGAGCUCGCAUCCGUAUGACAGCGCCAGAACUCAGGAAAGCAGUGCAAGCGUGUGCGCAGGAGCUGGCGCGGCAGUGGGGCGGGCGCAGCGACGAGUGGUGGGGCGCGCGCGGCCUCGAGCCCGCCGACUGGCACGCGCUCGCCGCCAACACGCUCGUCGAGGUCACGCACACCGCACUAACGACCUUAUUGUUAUCACGCUAAAUCUUACUUUUGUAACCGUGUAACCACGGUGUAACAAUAUUCACUAGUCCAUAUCGUCCCAUAGCUGUCUACCACUACACUACCUUACCAUCUACCGCUCAUUUAGCGCAACAAUUAUGACAUUAAACCCUAAAUUACCGCGUGAAGUACUGUGUUUACACUAGACUUUACCUAGAUAUGACAAUGAACUAGACGGAAAAAUGUCACGUUGAAGCUGCGGCGGCGUUGUAUCUUAUGAGUGUCAGUUACUUACAUAAUCUUUUACAUUUUAACAAAGCUAAACCAAGAUUGAACAAAAGAUGGUGGAUGAUAAAAAUGCACAGAAAGCCGUUCGUUUCCGUUAAGGUCAUGUCGCACACUGAACAAACUGUAAUGUAUCCACUUGACCUAAAAAUGACUGCGGUAAUCGUUUUUGAUAUGCGAAAAAGACCGACACCGGAGCCGAUUGCCUACCGUCAUAUGUCAUAUUGAUUGAUAUUGUAAAAUUAUGGCCAUAAAUCGUGGCUACACCUAGGUAUUGUUCCAAUUAUGGCCAUUAUUACUGUCAUAUCAUGGUAAUGUGACCGUAACAUAAGAAGCCACAGAUGGAACCAAACCAGGAGAUGGACAGCAGCGUCUUCCUAAUAACAAAUAAAAAAAAACUGCAGUUGCCAACCUUACCAAGCGUGGCAACUAUGCCAAAUAUCUUCUCGUGAGUUAAUCUAUGUUAGAAGCCUGUAUUCAAUUAAUGGACUUUUGAUAGGACGGUUCCGUGGUGCAGUGACUUAACAAUAAAUCGCAGCACUUCGAGCCAUGGGUUCGAAUCCCGCACGGAACAAGUAUUUGUAUGGCCUACAAAUAAUUGCUCCUGAUGUUUGUCCUUGUGUAAUUUAUGUUUGUAAACUGCCUCCACGAUACAGCAUAAAAUCCUAGUGUGGCUAUAACGUUUUUAAAAUAAGAAUGAAAUGAGAAUGGUAAGGUAAGUGUAACUUUUACAAUGGUGAUACUAUUGCAUCGCUCAUAUCGUGUUCAGAAUAAACGUUAUCUAUCCAUUCAUCCAUCCAUUACAACUUAUAGGGUGUUUGUGAAACGCUCCCGAAAACGAAGACAGAUGAUAGUACUAAGGAUCCCUUUGAUCAUGGGUCACAAAUAAAUUCGAUCCUUAUGAAAAAUAAAAUCAUCUUUUUACAACAUUAUAUUAGCUUUAUUCGCGCGCCAUCAUGUUAGUACAGCUAAAUGAAACGAUAAUUUCAUUGAAAAAAAUCAUGAAAAUACUUAACCAUAAAACAAGCAGUGGAAUUACUAAAUUACAAUCAGCUGACUAGGAGUCAAGGUACGCGCAAACGACGAAUUCGCCCGGCCCGCAGCUAGCGGAUGGUACCACAAUACCUAAGAAUUUACAACACUUGUCUAAAUACCUAACUACUUAACCCACUAUUUUGCCACUGUGCUUGUCUCCACCUAGCCACUUUAUUCACAGGUUAAAUAAACCAAAUACCUGGUUCGAUUCCCCACU